CGGAUGCCAGGUUUGAAGCGGCUUUGGCACCGCAAGCACAGCUUUUAUUUAGGCUGCCGGUUUGUGAGCGUUGGCCCGGAGGACGCUGAUGGCGAUUACAGUGGAACUUCACCUUCACCUCCCCAUGCGCCCCGCAGCGCGGCCGCUCCCACGCCCGCGUAGCUGAGGACCCGGACUCGCCAAGAAAAGCGGGUGAGGCUGGGACCCGGGCGGGCCGGGCCGGGCCGGGGGCGGGGCCUGGCGGCAGGGGCGGGGCCUCAGCUAAAGGCGCGGAGCAACGGGCCGCCGGAGCGCGGGGUAGAGCUGCGCCCGCUGGAGAGAAGUGGGGCCGAGAUCGCGCCGUCCCAGCCCGCCCGCCGGCGUCCGCGCUGCUCCAGCGCCCUUACCCCUGCUGGCCCUUGCAGGGCGCGACCGGCGGCCAUGCAGCCGCGGGGCUGAGGCCGCCCCAUGGCACAGCCCGCGGUCCCGGCGACGACGGCGCAUGGAGAACUUCCGUAAGGUGCGCUCCGAAGAGGCGCCAGCGGGGGGCGGGGCCGAGGGGGGCGGCCCGGGUUCCGGCCCCUUCGCAGACCUGGCGCCGGGCGCGGUGCACAUGCGGGUCAAGGAGGGCAGCAAGAUCCGGAACCUGAUGGCCUUCGCCACCGCCAGCAUGGCGCAGCCAGCCACGCGCGCCAUCGUCUUCAGCGGCUGCGGCCGGGCCACCACCAAAACCGUCACGUGCGCCGAGAUCCUCAAGCGCCGCCUGGCGGGCCUGCACCAGGUCACGCGGCUGCGCUACCGGAGCGUGCGCGAGGUGUGGCAGAGCCUCCCGCCUGGGCCCACGCAGGGUCAGACGCCUGGCGAGCCGGCCGCUAGUCUCAGCGUACUUAAGAACGUGCCGGGCCUCGCCAUCCUACUUUCCAAGGACGCGCUGGAUCCGCGACAGCCCGGCUACCAGCCCCCGAACCCCCAUCCUGGUCCUUCGUGCCCGCCGGCCGCGCCGACGUCCAAGAGGAGCCUAGGGGAACCCGCAGCUGGAGAAGGCUCCGCGAAGCGAUCACAACCCGAGCCAGGGGCUGCGGAGGCGGAUCAGACGGCCUGAGAAGUCCGGGCUGUGGGCCGCCUAGACCGGCAGGAUCUUCCCCCAGCACCUCCACCUUCACUUGCACCUCCAGCCUUUCACUCCUUUGUCCUCUGGAGCCCACAACUUGGACACAGCUCAAGACAGGUAGCAUGGACCUUAAGGCGACAAGAGAGGGGCCCUAAGAGUGGCAGGAGAGGAUCCCCGACCACCCCAGGAAAACUUAGUGCGAUGGUUGAUGCUUAUGCCCGUGUUGCCUGAAGAUACUGAACUUCACCUUCACCUUUUCUGGGACCUUCUUUGGGGGAGAAUGGUGGGCAGCGGGAUUCUGGAACCUUGUUUGGAACCCCCCCAAAGGUUAAGCCACCCAGCAUUCGUGAAGGGCGCCUGGAGUGUGGAAGCUGAGAAGAGCUCUUGGAGUCACCCCCACCGUUGACAGAGGAAGGCAGGGGGUGAGAACUGACUGCUUGAGGGUAGGAGAGUCUGAGAUGUGGGGCCCUAUUCCGCCCCCCGCCCCGGGACAGUUUUCCUUUCUAGUUUUCCUUCCCGGCUUCAGAGGAGCAUCUCUGAGGGUUCUAGCUCUUUUAACACCCCUUUUCCCCCUGCUGACCCAGAGGGAGACCCAAGACUGAACUCUCCAGGCCUCCUCCCCUGAGCCUGGCAGCUAGAGUCUUGCUUCCAAUAAAACAAGCACAAAAAUG